AUGGCUAUACGUGAAGAUAUGGCGAAGUUUCAAAUGCCAAUAUCGUCUCAAAAUAUUGAAAAUCAGUUCUUGCAAGAUGAUAGAAGGCCUAAGAAGUCCAGUAGGUAUGAAUUGUUUUGGAUUUCUACGUUUGAUUGUUGCUGGAUUAAAAAAUAACUUGCAGUUUCAUGGCGUUUAAUAUUUCACUAAUUUGUGGUUUAUAUGUGUCUUAUGAUGUAAUAUAUAUUUGGAAAAUUAGAUAUGUAAGGAAAAACAAAUUUUGUAUAUUAUCCAAAAUAGUGGAUUGUUUUUGCGUGAUAAAGUUUAAUGUAUUUAUUUGAUAUUCGAUUGCUUACAAUUUGAUAUUUACAGUUUGACUGUGAACCUAAUUAUUGAAUUUUAUCUCCUAUAAAUUGUUUCCGCAAUUACUAUUACUGAGUGUUAAAGAUAGCCUUAUUACUGUAAAUAUAUUGUAUGAAAUACUACCCCAAAUCCCACUUUAGGUAACUGCAUUUAUUUCAAGAAAGAAUUAUGAUACUAUUAAAUAAUAUUAUCUACAUUCACCACAGAACUGAGCCACCCAAAAGCCACCCUGAUAAUUUCCAAAUGCCUUUGACUGAUAGCCAAACAAGUAAAUAACUGUGUAACAAAAUUAAGGGCAAGUUUAUCACUUGCAUCAAUUUGAAAAUAAUACAUAUUCAGACUUCUGUUUGUGUCAAUACUUUUAGGGAAGUUGAAAUUCAAACUGACGUGUCGACGGUAAGGAUGAGGUUUAUCGCCUCUGCCUGUCAGGUUACGUAACUCUUUGUAGGCUGCCUAGAGUUAGUGUGGUUUAUAUUAUAGACAUGAGGCACAGACGCACAGUAUCCAUUUUCAUAUAGAUAUGUUUUCUUACAAUUUAUACAGCCAGCCAAUCCAUUCAAUAUGACGGCAAGAAACUUUCCAAAGAGACACAGGUAGGUAAUUGUGUCAGGCAUUGCAUUGGCAGUUGUGUAUUUUAAUACAAUACAACAGUAACUCCAAAAACAGUAAACAUUUUGAAAAGUGUUUAUUUGAGUGUUUUUUUAAAUACUUAAAUAAACUGUUUACCAUUUUCAGAGUUACUAUUGUAUUGUAGGUAAUUGUGUUUAGGAAUGGAUUCUGGUAGGAUUCUGAUUGGGUCUCCCCUUGACAAAAAAAUCCCCAGGCAUUUGAUAGUUUGAGUAAAUUUAGGGUUAAAUUGUAUUCAGGGAUGAGCCGAUUAAUCGGUAAAUAAUCGGCAAAGCCGAUUAAUCGGCCGUUUUUUGAAUAAUCAGUAAUCGGCCGAUUAUUGCUUGAUAAUCGGCAAAUAAUCGGCCAUACGACUUUUUCUGCAGCUGCCAAGCACAUGCUAAAAUACUGUAUACAAGUGAAUAGAUUUUCACAUUUUGUUGCAAAACCCGUGUCUUUUGUCUCGAGUGAAGUGAAGCUGGGAACAUUUCCACUGAAAAACACAGCAGACUAGCUCAGCAUAGCUGACAAUAUCCUGUUUUACACAAUAAUCUGCCAAAACUAAACUUUGACUAUUGACAUGCAAGAUUGAAGCUGUUUUCAAUUGCACAUAAUGUGUAUUUUAAACAAUAAAACCGCAUUUGCAACUUCAUUGUUGGUCAUCUUGUGAUUUUUCGCUUGCUUUUUAAAAUAAUCGGCGGGUACCGAUUAAUCGGCCAAUUAGUUACGAUAAUCGGCUUAUAAAUAAUCGGCCUCAGUAGUCGGCAAUUUUCCUUAUCGGCUCAUCCCUAAUUGUAUUCAUGCAUUCUACAGGUAUAUUAAUAUACCACUUAAUUUUUGUAGGAAUUAUUUCCGAGCGAGUGCAUCGAACAGAACCAGGUGGGUACAUUCAAUGAAACAGCCUGAGUGUCAGAUAGAUAGACUGAGUUUUAUUGAGUUACUUGACAGGAAAACACUGAAUUGCAUGACUUUAUAGUCAACAUUUAAACUAGUUCCCAUCAAUGAUAUAAUUAAUGCAGAUAUUCAUGAAGAAAUUAUUGUAUUUUACUCACAGGGCAAGUUCAUUCAGUCCAGGAAAAGCUCUUGAUCUCGUAAGAGCUGCUUUGCAACCAUCACUGAAUGCAGAGCUUGAAAAUGUUUUGAAAAAUUAUCAAGAGGUAGGAAUACACCUAGGAUGAUUACGUUGAAACAAUUCAUUGGCAUGACUAAACACGUACUGUAUGAACGUUUGACAGAAUUGUGCUAAACAUUAUUUGUUGUUCAACUAGCUUUUGAAACUCGCUGCUGCGAAUAUCCGAGACAACACAGGAGAAGUUGUUUCCGAUGAACAAGUGAAUGUUACAAUACGAAAAGCAUUAGACGAGGUACUGAAUACUUUGCAUUCACAGUCUUGUGUUCAAAUAUGCUUCAUUUGCUGGCUAUUAUAGCUCACUGAGCCCCUCAAUUGGUUGCUCAAACUAAGAAAAAACUGAACAUGAAACAACUCUUUUGCUGUUUAUUUAAUUUCAGGCAAAAGUUCUCUUUCGAACUGACAACAAACCAGUCAAUGAUAAGGUAUGCAAAUCAGCUAAAUUUUAUACUCGACUGUGCAGUAAAAUUUCACCAUAAUAAGUUGGAUAUGAAGGGACAAUCUGUGGAUAUGAAGUCUUCAGCAUAGGCACAUGGUAUCAACAUAGCCUGGGUACGAAACAGUAAAGGCAUGGUACAGAAUGGUAAAGAAAUGGAAAGGCAGGAGUGGGGAACAACCUUAAACCAUUUUUUUUCUUUUGCAGCCUGAAAGAGAAUCCAGAACUGGUUCACCAUUUGUACGCAAGGUGAAAAUCCUCUUGAAGAACUUUUAAAACAGGACGAUUUAACACACUAGAACUAAUUACAAGACGAUGUAAAGUUAUAUACUAGGUUUGCACCUGUGGUGUCGUGGAUUUUUAAAUAUAGUUUUGCGGGUUUUUUCACUGUAGAAAAGACGGCCAAGGGAAACGAAAGAUGAUGGUCCACCCGCAAAGAGCGCUCGUCCUGAGAAAAAUAUGCAUUACGAGGUCUGUUUUUUCAAAUACAAUCUUGUAUUAUAAAGGCUACGUUUGCGCUGUACUAGAUCGCUUUCCGUAGCGACAUGAAAAUACACCUAUCUGGUACCUUUUAGGAACGCUAUUUUCAGAGGAAUUAUUGCAACGGAGUGAUGUUGUUUUGCUCAGCUUCUGAAAGUUGUACAUUCCGUAUCGGUUAGUGGUUCUUUCUGCGCCGCUGCGGAAAGCCAUCUGGUAUAAUUCUAACGUGUCUUAUGCUUGUGUUCAAUGAUUUUAUGUUGUUUUAUAGUGGAACCCAGACUGUAUUAAUUACGAGACGGAGUUUGUCAUGGGAGUCAAAGCGAACAAGUAUGUGUAAAACAGUCUCAAAUUUAAAUUUACAGACGCGGACAUGACUCCAGACGCGGACAUGCUGUGCCUUACGAAAUUAGAAAUUAAUUGCGGCCCAGUGCUACGGCCAGAUUGUGUUUUGAAUCAGCUGUUUUUCUGUGCAUUACAUGUGGAAACCAAUAUACGCGAAACAAGACAGCUGUGAUAAAAGAGAAAUACAACAAUUACUGUAAAAAAAUAGUGAAAUUCACACUAAGAAAUUUGCCAUUGCAUCACUACUAUCCACAGUAUAUCCAUACUAUUAAGGUUUUAUAUAUAUGGAAUGGCUGCAAAGUAUAUUGAAGAUUUACUUAACAUUAAAAAGGAGGGAAUUUAUUCUUUACGAAUUACGAUCUAAUGAUAGUAUAAUGUUGGAGUUUCCUAGGGGGGAAAUUUUACGAUAAUUUGGUGAUCGCUACAACCAUUAUGAGUUUGUGUUCAUUCUCUGGGAAGAAACAUCCUCUGCGAGUAGGACUUCUUCUUCAGAAUGCAAUAAAUAUCUGAUGUCCUCGCUAAAAUUUCUUUUUAGAGCGCUUGGGUUUGCCGCCACGCGAGGAAAAUUAUAUAGUCGUCAUCCAGAUCUGUUCAAGGUAUUGAAACAUACUAACUACUUAUCCAUGUACAAAUUUAUUAAGGAUUAUCGUCGUGAUUUUAUGUACUGUGUAAAAGAGAGGAGAACGCCCUGGAGACAAAGUUAAACCAACAGGGGUCGGUUGUUCAAAGCUGGGUUAGCUUAACCCUAGGUUAACCUAAAAUUCAAAGCAAACUUCCUGACAGCUUGUUUAUAAAUUUGGAAAUAUUUCUUCAGAGAUCUUGUCUGGAUCGACAGGAGUCUACUUCUCUGAAGUUUUGAAAUAAACAGACGUGCAGAAAUACACAAACUAAAACAGCAGGUUAAAUUUUAACCCAGGGUUAGCGCUAACCCACUUGUGAACAACCCGCCCCAGGUGUUUUAGGGCUAACAGCUAUACUAAGGAUCUACAUGAGAAGAUUUUUUGCUUUCUAAAUUAUUAGUACGUUGGUGAUCAGGAAGACAAGCAAUGGUUGUAUGAAAAUGGUCAUCUUCCCAUAACGGGAGGCAAGGUCAGUUUCAUAAAGAAGCACUUCACUGGUAGAGUAGAGAAAAGCCUCCCAAAUCUUGUGUAUAUUCAAUGAAGUCUAAAUCCUGUAAGGCUUAAUCGACUCAUUAGAGCUGCCUUGGUAAUGAAACCAUUUGGUAUUGGAUUCCAAAUGCAUUUUUUGAUUUAUUUAUUGUUUUUCUGCUCUCGUAGGCAUGCCUGAUGAUUAAAGACAAUAUUUACGAUUUGUUGAAACGCGACGAUUACAAGUGAGUGGAAAAUUAUUUGGUAUAGACAAGCGAUUUUAUGAAAUGCUGAAGCGUACUGACAAUGUAUUUGUGUAUACCUGUUUUAGGAAUAGCGAAAAUACAAGUAUUGAGGACAUCCCAGGAUUUCACGUUAGCAAACGUAUGGUGGACAAAAUGAAAGCCGUCAUGCGAAGUAUGAACUGAAAUAAUCCUAAUGACUUUAGGGGUAUUCUACGUGUCACAGUGAUUACUACUGAUAGAGCUAUCCAGUAUAAACAAACUUAGUUUAGUUUAGGUUUCCUCCUGUAGUGACACUGGAUCAAUAAAGUAUGAUCCUUACUGGACCCCUAGGGAGAACAGUUUAGAACUGAUAGAGCUAUCCAGUAUAAACAAACUUAGUUUAGUUUAGGUUUCCUCCUGUAGUAACACUGGAUCAAUAAAAUCUGAUCCUUACUGGACCCCUAGGGAGAACAGUAUAGAACUGAUAGAGCUAUCCAGUAUAAAUAAAGUUAGUUUAGUUUAGGUUUCCUCCUGUAGUGACACUGGAUCAAUAAGAGAUGAUCCUUACUGGAUCUCUAGGGAGAACAGUUUAGAACUGAUAGAGCUAUCCAGUAUAAAUAAAGUUAGUUUAGUUUAGGUUUCCUCAUGUAGUAACACUGGAUCAAUAAAGGAUGACACUUGCUGGACCUCCAGGGAGAACAGUUUAGAAUUGAUAGAGCUAUCCAGUAUAUUUAGCAUUUACUUUCAUUUUAUUUGGGCCCGCAGUAAUUGGCUUCAGGCUGUUGCGGAUACCCAACCAUCAACUCAGUUUAUUUCUCAAGUUCAUUAAUAAUUCAUGAGCAAUUCAGCCUAUGAUAAUCACCUAUUUGAUCACAAGAUGCCGUUUGGAUACUUGAUGAAAGUCACUAGUGUUUUCAUCAAAUAUCUUAAUUACGCAUGCAAAAUUACUUGAUUAGAAUUCCUAAUUACGUUAUGCUUGGUUAAGAAUUCUAUUCAAAUCAGCAAACGAAAACAUUCUGUUACGUCUCGAUUCAUUUGAGAAGCCAUAUAAACAACUCGAGCUCGUGUCUUACCGAGAUAUCCAAACACUCGAAAACAAUGUAUGAAAACACUCGCGCUUUGCGCUCGUGUUUUCAUACAUUGUUUUCUCGUGUUUGGAUAUCCCGGUGAAACACUCGCUCUCGUUGUUCAUAUAUUACGUAUGUAUUACUAUGUAUGCGUGUGUGUGUGUAUAUUUCUGUACGUAUACAUGCAGUGGUGAUGGAAAAGCAAUUAAAUUAAAUUAAAUUAAAAUUUAAUUUUGUUUACGUUUUCUUUUGUGGUAACACUGGAUGAUCAUUUCAUUAGACUAUCUUAUAAUUCUCUCGAUGUUGUUUUCAUGAUUUCAGAGAGUCAACUGAAUCGGGAAAAAGAAAUCAAGAUCGAACCGAGCAAUGGAUUUGAAAAGACCGGAGACGAACCUCCAGUGAAAUCCGAAAUAGUUACCAGUAUCUCGUUUGUUUCGCCUCACGUCCAAACUAGCUUAGUCGAAGCAGAAUUAAAUCAUUAA